AGAAGACUGAGGACUGCACACCUACAGCAGGUUGGAGACAUGGCCUCAGAUCAGGUGACGGUCGCUGCUUUGAGUCGUCCCUUUGCUUUGGGGAUGCUCUACGAUGCAAGGAGAGAUAAACUGAACACAGAUUUCACGCUGUGGGACAGAGAAACAAUUAAAAGGUACAGCACUAGGCAGAAUCAGGCCAGCACCACCUACGAAAUUACUACAUCAGACUCCAUUGAGACCAAGUCUUCUCUGCUGGAUGUAGAUACAUAUUCUAAAACUAGUUGGUUGUGUGGACUGACUGAAAAGAGUGGGUCCUGCAGCUUUCUGAAUGACAACAAGAAGUUCAAGAACCAGAGCAGAGUGACGCUUCAGUUCAAAGCUACGACUGCAUUUGAACGGCUGGCAAUGACUCACCUUGAAGCAAAAACCACACAAAUACAAGACGUCAUUAAGAAAAGCAACGCAACACACGUAGUCACAGGCAUCCAAUAUGGGGCACAUGCUUUCUUUGUGUUUGACAGCGAGAAGCUGGAGAGCAGCAGUGUUCAGGAGACGAAGGUCCACAUGCAGGCAGCAGUUAAGAUGAUCAUUGUAUAUAGUUCUGAGGCAAAGGUUGACGUCAAGCUGAGUAAAGAAGAAAAAGCUGUGACUGAUAAAUUCUCCUGCAAAUUCUACGGCGACUUCAUUCUCGACAGCAACCCUUCAACAUUUGAAGAUGCAGUGAAGACCUACUCACAGCUUCCAAAGCUCCUUGGAGGAGAUGGAGAGAAAACAGUUCCUGUCAAAGUGUGGCUGACACCGCUGAAGAAACUGGACCCAACCGCUGAAGAGAUGAAGGGAGAGAUUUGUGUCGGGUUACUGAGGAAAGCUGAGAAUGCUCUAGAAAUCAUCAAAGAAAUGGAAAUGAGAUGCAAUGACUCUCUGGAUGAAGACGUGGUUCAGAGUUUUCCACAGAUUCACAAAAAGUUGAAGCGUUUCCAAAACCUCUGUGAAGAUAGUGGAAAAAAGCUGAGACAGGCUAUGGUGGAGACAUUCCCUUCCAUUCUUGAGGGUAAAGAAGACAGUUCACUGGAGAAACUCUUAGACGACCAGGAGAAGUCACCAUUCAGUCUGGAGAACUUAGACAAGUGGUUAGAUAAUACAGAGAGAGAAAUCAACGUCAUCAGGUCCUGUGUGGAAGCAAUGAAGGGGAUAGAAAUCACUAAAGAUGAGUCCGAGUUCGACAGAGCGGUUCUUGCUCAGGGUGUAGACGAUGUCCUGAGCUUUGUUUUCACCUCUGUGGAAACUGACGACCCCUACCUGGACCAGAUGUACAAAUACUUGCGUUGUCAUGACAGUUUCACUCCACCAACAAAAGACCACUGGUUCUUCUCAGCUGAAGUGGUAGCCAACCUGAGACAGAAAGCUGAAGAGUUCUGCAGCAUCGCCAAAGGCCUGAAGAGCAGCAGCAGGUUUAGCUUCAUUGUGGCAUCAGAAACUAAUAAGAAAUACAAAGGAGCAACCAUCUACCACCACAGGAAGGGCCGUCGGGUCACUGAAGAGUUUUCAAAGCCUGCUGUCCCUGAUGUGGAAAACGUUAAAGACAGACAAAAUCUAAUCUGGUACGCCUGUGAUCUCACCUUGGACCCAAACACUGCAAACAACUACCUGAUUCUGUCUGAGGGCAACAAGAAGGCAACGUGUGGAGCAUGGCAGACGUAUUCUGAUUGUCCUGAGAGGUUUGAUACAAAGACUCAGGUUUUGUGCAGGGAGGGGCUGACUGGGCGCCAUUACUGGGAAGUGGAGUGGAGUACUGGUUCUAGUAAUAACGUUGGUGUAGCUGUUACGUACCAAAGCAUUAUAAGGAAGGGGAAGAGUGACGAUGCAGGGCUCGGUUGUAAUACCAAAUCCUGGUAUUUUGGUGUGUACGAGCAAGAGCUCAGUGCUUGGCAUAAUGGUAAAGUGUGGAGCGAAAGUCUUCCCAGUACCGGCUGCAGCAGAGUCGGAGUGUUUCUUGACUGGCCUGCUGGCACACUGUCUUUCUACAAAGUCUCCCAUAACACACUGAGUCACUUCCACACCUUUCGCACCACCUUCACAGAGGCUGUGUACCCAGGCCUCUAUGUCUAUUACAAAACCAACUCUGCUGCCCUAAGCCCAGUUUAAUUAGAGCAGCAGAGUCAGUCACACAGAGUUAGAAACAUUUAGUAUCAUGCUUUCGAAAAAUACCUUUAGCUUCAAUCUAUCAAGCAAACAUUUACAUCUUUGGUGCUGGGAUAUUAUUUCACGCACCAGCGAGAUAAACCCUGCCUACCAUGCUGCCGGUCUGCCCGGUAACAGCAGCUUCCUCCCGUCCCUGAACUCUACCAGACCUCAGAAGGUCCUCUGUGGUACCCGGUGGCCUAACCUCAGCAGCUCCUUUCAGCCUGCUGAUUGUCUUGUUCUCACAGGGCAUCACUUACAGAAGAAAACCCCAAACAUGUACCCUGCUGGCCACGUAAUGAAAAAGAAAUGUGGACUGUCAUUAGUCUGAGUUUAUCUCGCUGCUGCAUAUGUUAUUUUUUCUAGAAUGAUAGUGAACUGUUAUACUGUUCUUUGUCUUUAUCACAGCUUUAUGACUCACAUAGCAUGAAAUCAUUAUUAAGGGCUUUUAUGGAUAAUUCAGUGUAAUCACAUUAUAACAGGUGUUACCGAGGGAAUCUUAUAUUUACUCUAAUACGUCAUAAUUAAAUACUUGUUUUCUCUUAUUAAAACUGCUGUUAUCGUUACGGGGACGCUGGGUAUGAGUAACACACUUAGCACGAGCAGUCUUUUAAAAAAAUGUUGCUGGGGGUGGAUUCCUGAUGUGAUGGUUUCAGUUUCUCUUACUUGGUUCAGUGUUUGCUGGGUUCUUAUUAACAGUAACAUGUGUAAUGUACAUUUAGAUGCUAACACUGGCAGAUCGAGGUCGAUGAUGAGGCAACAGGAGUCUGAGUCCUUUCUGUGAGCCAAGAAAAUAUCUCGAAUCAAGAUGUUCCCUGAGUGCAGAUGCCUUAUUCAAACAUUGAACCAAAUCACUGUCAUAAUCAUUUAAGUGCAUUAUAUUUUUCUGAUUUCUUUGUCCUAAAAUAAUCAAUAUGUGCCACUUGGGAAAGCUCUGGGUAGUGUGUCAGAACAUCUUCCUACCAUGACCCAGAAUCCAUCCCAGAGUCCCAACAUGCUGUUAACGAUUUCGAUCCGCUCCUCACGUGUUAACCUCUUCGACAUGUCAA